AUGCAGCUCAUCGCUCUCCUCACACCCCUCCUCGCGGCCUUCGCCAUCGCCGCUCCUACCGCCUCCGUCAACAUCGACACCCGCCAGACCGGCAGUCUCCGCGUCCAACUCUCCAACGACGCCAUCGACACAGCCGUCCAGCGCGUCAUCCCCGCUAAUGGCUCCCGUGUUUCUAUCCGUGCAAACUUUGCUGGCCUGGGCCGUCCGGUGUUUGCUAAUCGUGCACUGAUUGUCGGUGCUGGAAAUGGGCGGUGCAACAUCUUUAGUGAUGCGGCGGGCACGAAGAGGGGGGCUACUAUUGUGGCUGGUGGCGACGAUGUCGAUUUUGGCCAGACUAACCUGGACAACGGGGUUAUUGUCUGUCAGUAA